AUGAAGAUUCCUAACAUUGGUAAUGUGAUGAAUAAAUUUGAGAUCCUUGGGGUUGUAGGUGAAGGAGCCUAUGGCGUUGUACUUAAAUGCAGACACAAGGAGACACAUGAAAUUGUGGCUAUCAAGAAAUUCAAGGACAGUGAAGAAAAUGAAGAAGUCAAAGAAACCACUUUACGAGAGCUUAAAAUGCUUCGCACUUUGAAACAGGAGAACAUAGUGGAGCUGAAGGAAGCCUUCAGAAGAAGAGGAAAAUUAUACUUAGUUUUUGAAUAUGUGGAAAAAAAUAUGCUUGAAUUGCUAGAGGAAAUGCCAAAUGGAGUUCCACCAGAAAAAGUGAAAAGCUAUAUCUACCAGCUAAUUAAAGCAAUUCAUUGGUGCCAUAAGAAUGAUAUUGUUCAUAGAGAUAUCAAGCCAGAGAAUCUCUUAAUAAGCCACAAUGAUGUUCUGAAAUUGUGUGACUUUGGCUUUGCUCGUAAUCUCUCUGAAGGAAGCAAUGCUAACUAUACCGAGUAUGUGGCUACAAGAUGGUACCGCUCACCUGAACUCUUGCUUGGAGCCCCUUAUGGAAAGGCUGUGGAUAUGUGGUCUGUAGGCUGUAUCCUGGGAGAGCUGAGUGAUGGGCAGCCCUUGUUUCCUGGUGAGAGCGAGAUUGACCAGCUCUUUACCAUUCAGAAGGUGCUAGGCCCACUGCCAGCCGAGCAGAUGAAGCUCUUCUAUAGCAACCCACGCUUCCAUGGCUUGCGGUUUCCAGCAGUCAAUCAUCCACAGUCUUUAGAGAGAAGAUACUUGGGAAUUUUAAGUGGUGUAUUGCUUGAUCUUAUGAAGAACUUACUGAAGUUAGAUCCAGCAGAUAGAUAUUUGACAGAACAGUGUUUGAACCAUCCUUCGUUUCAAACCCAAAGACUCUUGGAUCGCUGUGGAAGCUCACCUUCGCGGUCAGCUAAGAGAAAACCUUACCACGUAGACAGCAACACAUUAUCUAACAGAAAUCAAGCCAGCAAAAGUUCUGCUUUGCAGUCACACCACAGAUCAAACAGCAAGGAUAUGCAGACACUAGGGGUUGGCGGGCCAAGAGAAGAGGGUCUUCCAGCAAACGAAAGCUUUUUAAAUGGAAACCUUCCUGGAGCUGCACAUAGUCCAAUGCAUACGAAAAAAUCAAGCAACACACCUGGAUCUGGCAACAAGGAUCUAGCUAAUAAUAACAUGCCACAUCUUCUCAGCCCAAAGGACACAAAGGCAAAAACAGAAUUUGAUUUUAAUGUGGACCCAAAAGGUUCUGAUGCUUCAGGCACGAAGUACCUGAAGUCUAACACCAGAUCUCAGCAGAACCGUCACUCAUUUAUGGAAACUUCUCAGAGCAAAACUGGGACACUGCAGCCUGGCGAUAAGCACAGUCGCCACAGCUAUAUUGAUACCAUCCCGCAGUCUUCGAAGAGUCCUUCGUAUCGGACAAAGUCAAAGAGCCAUGGGGUUCUGACAGACUCGAAAUCCGUGGGCAACCUUUCUGAGGCCAGGGCCCAGGGUGCAGAACCAAACAGCAGUAGGUAUUUUCCAUCCAGCUGCAUGGACUUGAACUCUCCUACCAGUCCAACUGCUCCCCGACACAGUGAUAACCGAACUUUGCUCAGUCCAUCCGGGAGGAAUAACCGCAGCGAGGGUACCCUCGACACCCGAAGACCAUCAACAAGACACUCCAAAACAAUGGAGGAGUUAAAACUGCCAGAUCACAUGGAUGGAAGCCAUUCCCACUCUCUGUCUGCUCCACAUGAAUCUUUUUCCUAUGGUCUAGGUUAUACCAGUCCUUUUUCUUCACAGCAGCGCCCUCAUAGACACUCUAUGUAUGUGAGCCGGGACAGAGUGAGGUCAAAGGGCUCAGAGGGUGGCUUAAGCAUAGGGCAAGGGAUGGCAGCCAGAGCAAACAGCCUGCAACUGUUAUCUCCACAGCAGAGUGACCAGAUUCCAUCAGAAAUUAAUUUAACAAGGCUUCCAGUAAAAGAUUCCCCCAGAGAUGUUACAACUGCAUUUCAUUCACAGCAAAAAUCUGAGCGUCUGAAUCAUUCUCAAGGUGGAGCAUAUCAUGAUCCACACACAGAAGAUGGAGCAUCUACUAAGGAAAAUAGAAUUCUGUAUAAUGAUCCUGUUCCGAGAAGAGUUGGCAGCUUUUACAGAGUUCCAUCUCCGCGUCCAGAAAGUACGUACAUAGAAAACAAUGUGUCAAACAGAGCCUCUGUGUUACCAGCAGACAGCAGCACGGUGGCAAACCACUCAAAGAGACAAACCACCUUUGAUACCUGGAAAAGUCCUGAAAACCUUAACAGUCACUCAGAACAGCUCAAGGAGAAAGAAAAGCAAGGUUUUUUCAGGGCAAUAAAAAAGAAAAAGAAGAAAGCUCAAACCAUGCCUAGCAGUGAUGGUCAGGAUCUCUUGGCAUUACAGAAAGCCAUUCAUUCUUCUAAUCACCAGAGCAGCCGGCAGAAGGAUUGGCAUCCUGAGAAGAUGACAGAAAUCCAACCUCAUAGCCAGCCAUUAAAAUCUCUUCGAAAGCUCUUACACCUCUCCUCUUCAAAUCAUCCUGUCCCUGCUGAGCCUCGCUUCCAGCCCUUACCAAGUCAGCCAGCCAAAGCUUCUUUUUCUGAAGUGCGAAUUCACCCCAUGAGUCAAAGCUCCAGCAGCGGCAGCAGCAACGUGCGGCAAGAGCCUCAGCCGAAAAGCAGGCCGACGCUGCAGAUACCGAGCCAGCUGGAACCGACCUGGCACGUCUCCCCCGUAAACAGAGGCGCGAGCGAUGGGCCUCCCUACUCCGAUCAGCUGCCUUCCAAGAGCGGACAGAACGGGCCCACGUAUAACCGAACAAACCGAUCACGAAUGCCAAAUCUGAACGAUUUAAAAGAGACAGCCUUGUAAUUGCACUCCAGAAGAUAGGCCAGUUCAGGUGGAGAUCAGCGUAGGGGAGUGGCGGUGGUUCCGGUGAUGGUAAGACUGCAUUUUCAGCUUUAUAAAGGUGUGCAAUAUGUACAUGUGGAGCUAUGCUGUUUGGCACCACAGUGAGAGUCAGGGAUUAUACAGUAAAACAAGUUGAAUUUAUGAAUUACCGGUCAUCAGAAAUGUCACUGGAUGCCAGGCGGAGUGUGCCGGUCAGGGAGAAAAACGCGUUGCCAUUUUCUCUCUUUUACAUUCCAGC